AGACCGGCGCCGCGCCCGGCGCCCAUUGGCCGCCGCGGGAUAAACAAAGGGCGCGCUUCCGGACCACCACCCACGCGCCCGCGGCCGCCGUUGCCCUUGACCCCGAGCCCCCGAAGCCCAGGGCACGCCCCCCGCACCAACCCCCCCAAAACCCCUCGAAACCCAGGCGAGAGGCGCCGUGGUGGAAUCGACCGCUUUUCUCGGAGUCCGCAGCUCCUCCUCGCUCCAAGGGCCGCCGCGCUGCUCCCAUCACCAAUCCACCAACCCCUGGUCACCCAGCCGCCAUGGCCGAGCGCCUCGCCACCGCCGCCGCCACCCUCCGCGCCUCGGCCGCCGCCGGCGCCCCGGCCGCCAGCCGCGCGGCGCGGGCCGGCCGCGCCUUCUUCUCGAACUCGUCGGCCUCGCCGGCUCGCGCGCGCGUCGCCCUCCGCGCCGCGCCCUCUCGGCUCCCGCAGAAGGCGAGGGCGGUGAGGUGCGCGGCUGCGGCGGCGGCGGCGGCGGCGGCAUCUGACGCGGCGCAGCUGAAGGCCGCCCGCGAGGACAUCAGGGAGCUUCUCAGGACGACUCAUUGCCACCCCAUCCUGGUCCGUCUGGGAUGGCAUGAUUCUGGUACAUAUGACAAGAAUAUUGAGGAGUGGCCACAACGAGGUGGAGCUAACGGAAGCUUAAGAUUUGAUGUUGAACUGAAACAUGGAGCCAAUGCUGGCCUGAUAAAUGCUCUAAAGCUUAUCCAACCAAUUGAGGGCAAGUACCCGGGCAUCACUUAUGCAGAUUUAUUUCAGUUGGCAAGUGCUACAGCAAUUGAGGAAGCUGGUGGUCCAAAGAUUCCAAUGAAAUAUGGACGGGUUGAUGUUACAGGACCUGAGCAGUGCCCACCUGAGGGGAAGCUUCCUGAUGCUGGCCCAAGUUCACCUGCUGACCACUUGAGGGAGGUAUUCUACAGAAUGGGCCUUGAUGACAAGGACAUUGUUGUCUUGUCUGGAGCACAUACACUUGGAAGGUCCAGGCCUGAACGGAGUGGCUGGGGAAAACCAGAGACAAAAUAUACCAAAAAUGGUCCUGGUGCACCUGGUGGGCAGUCAUGGACAGCUGAGUGGCUGAAAUUUGAUAACAGUUACUUCAAGGAGAUUAAAGAGAAAAGAGAUCAGGAUCUUCUGGUCCUACCUACAGAUGCUGCUUUAUUUGAGGACCCUGCGUUCAAGGUCUAUGCGGAGAAAUAUGCAGCGGACCAAGACGCAUUCUUUAAAGACUACGCUGAGGCUCAUGCUAAACUGAGCAAUCUGGGUGCAAAGUUCAAUCCUCCACAGGGAAUCUCUCUGGAUGAUUAGCGCUGCACCUGAGCCAGAGCCCCGUGAAGCAGGCACAUACUCUCCUACAAAAGGAUCAAAGAGAAACACAUACGAUUUAUUACUCAUCGUACAAAGAUGGAGCGGUCCCGAACUUUUCAUGAUUGAAGAUUAUGUCUUUCAAUUCAUCCCGACUUUGGAAGCGAGCUUGCGAAUGGGAAUAAAACAGACACGGCAUGAAUUUCAGAGCCAUUGUGUGAUCCUCCAGAUGGAGCUACCUGAUCUGAUGUUCCAUUUCUCUUCACAUGAUGCUUUGCAUGUACUGUCAAUUUUUCUAGUAGCAACAUGAUUCCUCUAUUCCUCUUGCACGGGGUUACAGGCUUACAGCUGCAGAUAACAGCCAGAUCUGCAGCACUUAAAAACUUUCUGGACCCUA